CAACCAUUCGUUAUCUCAUCACAACAGCUCGAUCAGAGAGUCAACCUCAACAGCUGCCUCUACCUACUUCACUCUGCCUAUCAUUUAUGGUCGCGCAAAAUGAGAAAACCAGAUAUGCAUAGAGAAGUAGUGACAAACUAGUCUUAGAAAACUGACUAUUACCAUUCACCCUCAAGAUGGGCGGUUUUCCGGCGAAGACUUUUGCUGCAGUAAUACUGGUUCUCUUCCUCCUUCUGAGCACUACUUCAACGAAUUAUCCUACGUUGUCUCUCCAUGGUAAUGAGAAAAGUCUGUCGUGGUUAUUUGCUUCUCGAGGCCGAGGCGGACCAAGAAAGCUAUUACCUGCAGGCAGAGAAGGUUGUAUUAUUCCAGAGGAAAGGGAAGGUAAAUCAACCACCAGUCAUGAGGAGAAAGAGAAAUGGUCUCGAAACCUCAGACAAAUCUUGAACCCGCCACCACCUCCAUAUAAAAAUAAGCAAUACUCAUAUUUUGUAGCACCUCCUCCGCAGAUAAUAUAGGAUAUUAUAUGUAUGAGCACUAGUCGUCAUUUCUUCUCUUCUUCUUCUUCUUGUUGCUCUACUUACACCUUUUUUUUUACCGGUGUAUUUACAGAAAUGCAUUUUCAUAGUGAUGAAUUCUUGCCUAAGGCUA